GUCAUCCCUUCUCUAGGCAGCCCGCCAUGGCCUUUCUCUCUGCGCCAGUGCGGUGGCCUGAUGUCCUCUCCGUGACUUUCUCCUUCGACUCCAUCGCCUCCAAUGUUCGUCCAUACCUCCCCGGCCCGCUAGCAUCUCUCCCCUCGGCCAUGAUCGCUUCCCUCUUCCUAUCAUGGACCCUCGUCAUCUCCGUUGCCGUGUUCUCCUUCUUCAUGAACCAACGGCGUCAGAGUCUUGUGCCAACUCAACCACACUCUGCUACAGCGGCUCCCAAGAGGCGGAAAGCAGGUCAGACACUCACCACUUUGCUCAUCGGGCCAGAGCAGACGGGCAAGUCUACACUCUACUCUGCCCUCGUCUUCGAGGCGAUCCCAGAGACACAGACUUCGCAACACGAGAAUGAAAGUCACAUUGCGAUCAAGAAGGAAGGAAUGGUCUCGCCGACCGACGUUCGUCUGGUGGACCUCCCAGGUCACCCAAGACUAAGGGCCAAGGCUAAUGACUACCUGCCAAAGGCAGAUCGCAUUGUCUUCUGUGUGGACACGGCAAGCGCGAUCAAGGGCGGCACGACGAAGAACGAGACUCUCGUCGAAGCUGUAGAUCACUUCCACGCCACUCUCACUUCCCUGGCACGUAGCAGAUUGUCACGGUCAUCUGCCUCAAAAGCCUCCGUCGCGCCUUCUCUGCUGGUCCUCUUCACUCGAGGCGACCUCUCGCCGCUGCUUUCUGCGUCUCCCUACGACCAGAAGCGCCAAGCCCAAGUCAUUACACGAGCCAGGGCAGCCUUUGAGUCUGAAUUGGGUAGGCGGAGAGCUGGCAUGGGACUGGGACGAGGAGCGAGCCAGGCUAGGGCCAAGGUGGGUGGGAUGGGCAAAGUGGUGGGUGGCACAUCUGGCAUCUCCAAAGGCUGGCUGGGCUCGCUCAAGGCGCUCCUCGGUCUGGGGGGCUCAUCCUCUUCUGGCGGCAAUGAGGACGAGGACGAUGAGGAUGAAGACGAAGAGGCUCUGGACUACGUCGAAUGGGCGUGGGCUCAGCGAGCUGCUGCUGCUGGGACAUCCUCAUCAGCAGCGGGCGCAAGCUCGGCAUUCAGUCUGGAUAAGUUGGACGAAGACGUGGUUCUGGGCGGCAAGGCCAGCUUCGUCGUCUCUUCCAUUGGCAAGGAACGAGGUUGGGACGUGUCAGAGGGGGAAGCAAAUGGUGGUCUAGCAGGUCUCAAGGGACUCAAGGCGUGGUUGAGCGAUCCCGACAUGUGAAAGUCGUGCUCAAUGUCGUGUGGAGCCUGCACGGUGAAGAUUUACGGAGAGUGGACGUCGUGGCCUCAUUGUCGAGUCGAGUAGCGUGUGCCAAUCUGCAACUUCAUCCAGAGCAUAUCGCAAAAAGUCUCCGUAGAGGACCUACUUCGCUUCGCUUCCGUCCCGUCCCCUGCCGGCAAAGGCAGAUUUUCUCUCUCUUCAAGCC